UAUCAAAUGUUUUCAGUGACUCACAUCACCAUUAGCAUCAUAACAAACUUUAAGCGUUCUAAAAGCAAAAACUACAUUCACAGCCAUGUCUAAAGAAUCUCAAGAAGUAAAAUUUUCCGGAUUUUUACCCUCACUACCAAAAGAAAAGCUUUUACAAAACUUCGAAGAAGCCAAACAGAAAAUUGAUGUAGACUCUGAGGACCACGAAGAAAUAUGGGAAGAAUUUUCAAAAGCGGUUACCGGCUGUAUUUGCGAGAUAGUCUUUAGCACAAAAAUUUCCAAAAAAGAAGAUUCGGAUAAAGUCAGUGCCUUACUGAAGCAAUAUCGAGAUGAAGCCUUGUUGAUUGAUCCAACAUUUUACAAUAAAUGGAUUUACGACUUCAGAAAUAGAUUCUCUAGUCUAUUUGAUUUUUGGAAAAAUGAAAUGGUGGCCAAGGAAUUGGGUCCACUAUGGGCUAGAGAUUGUGACUUUUUUGAUAAGAUGGAUGAUCCGGAGCCUGCCAAAUUUUACCAACUUGCCGGUUGUGAGGCGCCUUGGUUGAAGGAGAAGAAAUCUGAGGCAGAGCCACUUAUUCCCUACGACAGUGCAAAGACAGUUGUUUCAAAGGCAUCUUUGAAGAAAAUAACCCUGGAUAAUGCCCUGGCAGACUAUAAGAACAAUAUGGAGGCACAAAAUAAUAUUGAUCGCAAUGAUGAGGAGGCUUUUACCAAAAUAUUCACGGAAGUUCGUGAGGUAUUGUGGAAAUUGCUUUUCGAUGAACCUUCAUUGUCGGAAGCAAAGGCGAAACAAGCUGCCGAAUUGAUGUUGGCAUACAAGAUAGAUGCAUGUUUCCAAUCGCCGUAUCAGUACAAUGAUUGGAUCGUCACAGUUCGUGAUGAAUUAUUCAAACGGAAAUUUGUUGAUUUUUGGAAAAUCGUUGUCGAUCAAGAAUUGGGUCUUAUCGGUGCCAAAGAAUCAGAUUACUUUGAUGAUAUGGACGAUCCAAAAAUUCCAGAAUUUUACAAGAUUGGAAACGAGAAGUUAAAGCAGGAGAAAAAGAAGUAAUUGCCAUUGACAUUUUGUUUUGCCUUAAUUUUGUAAGAUUGUAUAUUUUCCUUAAUAACAAGUUGAGCUUGAAUGAUAUGACACUUUUAUGGCAUCCAAACCCUUUACAUUGCAGUGCAGCAGCAGCAUCAGCAGGGAAUCGAAUACUAACAUUUCAAAUCAACCACACAGCUAUUAGAUAGUGGAAUAGUUUUUCUUACAAUUUUGUUAUAAAUUUACGAGUAUUCAACAUUGUAUUUGUACUUUAAGUGCAUA